UGUCAAGAACAAGGAAGGUUAUAACUGUAAAAGAGCAACAUACUUUCUCAGAGCUCUGGCACUUUGAACAGAUCAGGAAUUUCCCUCUUCAGAGACAGGAAAAACAAGUUUAUGAAACUGGUAUAAAAGGGCUGUCUCAAUAUUUUUUCUGAUCAGUGAACUGAGAGACUUUAGUUCAGAAAUUUACUGAACACUGCUUGGCCAAGGAAUCAGAUUGACAUUUGCAGGAGGAAUCACACAAUUUUUAUUUAUUAUUACAACUAAAGGACGAAACUGAACGGACGUCGAUUUACCUAGUGAUAAUUGCCUGCAUUUAUCUCAACAAUCAGAUAAUGGAGGAAUUAGCAUUUUCUGAUCAGAACCGUGUACGAAUCCAUGCAGUGCAGAGCUCUUUCCGCCACACUGGAAAGACACUUCUGAUACCUGGUCGUAUUCUGGUGGGAGAGGGUCGCUUGCUGAAGUUGUGCAGGCGUGGACCCAAGCCCAAAGUGUUUUUCCUCUUCAAUGACAUCAUAGUCUAUGGCAGUAUCGUGGUGCCUGGUCGUUGGAACAAUAACCAGCAGAUCAUCCCUUUGGAAGAGGUGUACCAGGAAGAUCUGGGAGAUGGAUUGGCAUUGGCCAACCAAUGGCUCAUCCGCACACCACGCAAGUCCUUCUAUGUGGUGGCUGCCUCAGCUGAGGAGAAGCAUGCAUGGAUGGGGCACAUUGAGCAGUAUAGGGCCCUGCACUUGCAAAGUAAGGGCCUCCCCAUCGACAGCACCGCUGUUGGGAACUUUGCUGCUACCUGGAUCCCUGACAUGGCUUCAGCCAUCUGUAUGCGCUGCUCUGAACGCUUCAGCAUUACCAAUCGGAGGCACCACUGUCGGAGGUGCGGCUUUUUAGUAUGCAAAGCUUGCUCCAAGAAUCGGGCCGUGUUACACAACAUCUCCCCCAGCCCAGUGAGAGUUUGCCGGCAUUGUAUGAACAACAUGCAAGAUGGACAAGUGCAGGGAAAGAAAACAUCCAAGGGAAAGAACUGGAAGAACUCCUCAUUGGAGGACUCACAGUCACAACCAGAAUUUGAAACUUCCAGCGAAGAAGAGCUUGAGGAGCAGAUUGGAAACCAGGUGCCCACCAAGUGGUUCAACAGCAAGCUGGAGAAUUACUCCCCAUAUUGUUAUUUAAAGCCCGAGCACAUAAAACCUCCUGUCAGUGGACUUUGCAACUAGACAGAAGUGAGAACCCACUAUAAUGAUGAACUUUGCUGGAAUUGAUCAUGUGUUGCACCUAAACAUCUGGUGCACAGAGAAGAUUGCCAGCAGGUAUUAAGUAUUUUGCACUAUAGUCACUUCUACAUCUUGUAUUUUGCACUGUUAUUUUGUGUUGUAUUAUCAUGUGUUUUUGAAUUUAUACUGUAAUAUAAUUGUAUAGAAGAUGCUUUAUGGCUUAUCUGGCAUAAAACAAAAUGUGAAAUGUGUGUACAUUGUAAUCAAGACAAGAAUAAACUAUAUUAUUAUAAAAUACUUUAGUUUUUUUUUUUUUUAGUGGAUACUUGGUGCAACCAUGAAAAAAGAAACACAUAAACAGCACUUAAAGUGGUUCUCAAUUUUUUUGGUUCACGCCCCUCUUUGAACAAGAACCAGUCUUCCAUGCCCCACACUUUGAGAACCACCGUGUUCAAUACAAGUUAUGCUCAGUUGACAGCAUUUAUGGCAUAAUGUUGGAUACCACAAAAUGUAACUUUGACUGUUUUUCCUUUUUUUUUUUUUAAGCAAAAAUCUGGGUUACAGUGAGACACUUAUAAUUGAAUUGAAUGGUGCCAAUCCGUAAACACCAAAAUACUCACUUUUUCAAAAGUAUAGCCACAAGACAAAAAAAUAUGUGUUAACAUCAUUUAAGUGUGAUAAAACCGCUUACUAACCUUUUCUGUGUAAAGUUCUAUCCAAUUUUACAACUUUGCUGUCAUGAUGACAUAAAGCUGCAAACCCAUAAAAACAUCGAUUUAAACAACUUUACAGCUCAAAAAAAUACACUGAAACAUAUAUGUAAGUGCUUUAAUAAAAUAAUGGGCUUCACAUUUCACCCUUUAAACCCUCCAAAAAUUGGCCCCAUUCACUUCCAUUGUACAGUAAGUGGCUCACUGUAACCUCGAUUUUUGCUUUUUUUUUAAAGAAAAGGAGCGACAAGUCAUAUACACACAUAUUAUAUACAUAUAAAUAUAUAUAUAUAUAUAAUUAUUUAUUUAAAUCAGCAUGGUCACAAAUACUGUCGAUUGAAUUAACUUUUGCAUUGAACCCGUAAUAUUCAUUUAACAAACACAAUAAGGCCUGAAGUAUUUGGACACUCCCUUCUAAUUAACGAGUUUGGCCAUUUCAAUAAUUUAUGCAAGGACAAAUCUUAUUGUUACAUACCAUUCUGGAAAACUGUGCUUUUCCAACUUUAUGGAAACAGUUUAGAGUGGGGCCUUUUUCCAUAAUGAAAAAAGUGGUCAUCUGUAAUUGUUAUUUCAAAGAGCUACAGUAUUUCAACAUGAUCCAACCCAUAAAAUUUGAAGCUUAAUUUAUCAUGACGAUUUAGUCAGAUGAAAUACAACUUGACUUAAAACAAGUUGGUUUAGAUAUUGCCACGUGAAGCAAUUUUCUUAGGUUACCUGAAAAAAUAUUUAUUACAGUGCAGCAUGGCAAUGCACAAAGUGAGGUCCACAUGAGCCUGGUGUAUAGAAGAACUUGACUAGCUUGCAAUAAAUGGAGAUUAAUUGGUUUAUAGAAUACUUCAAAUGUUAUGAAAUGCUAAAUGUGAUAGAAAUUAACAGGAAAUGGUUAACCCAUUUCUGUAGUAGUUAUUUUGAAUAAGCAUUAUCUUAAUUGCUUGUUCAAAAAAGUAUCUUGUCGUUUCAAAAGCAUUUGCCUAAGCUGACAAACUUUGCCCUAUAACUAUUGUCCCUGUAUCUACACGAUAUCACU